GCAAGUCCGACGCGUCGCGCUGCCGGUAGAAACGAAAAAGCCUGCGGAAUGCAUCCUCCCCGCCCUCCCGGGUCAGGGCCGCCGCCGCCAUUUUGGCCAUGCCGCGGCGGGCGGUGCAGCGCACUGCCGGGGCGGGGCCGGCCGCCUCCUUCCCGUCGCAGCUCCCAAGAUGGCGAUGGCCAGCGCGGUGCGUGCGGUGGGGCGUCGGUCUCGGAGGCUCUUUGACAUCUUCGUGGCUGAGGUUCCGUGGACGGUGUCGAGCAAAGAGCUUAAGGACUACUUCUCCCAGUUCGGGUCGGUGCAGAGAUGCCAGCUGCCGUUUGACAGAGAUACAGGCUUCCACAAACGUUACUGCUGGAUUAAAUUCUCGACCCCAAGAGAAGCUCAGAAUGUGUUUCAGAAGGACUGCCACAUACUUGAAGGUGCCAAGCUCACUCUCAGACCGCAGUCCCGUAGAAGACGCAGUCAAAGAAGGAGUCAGAGUGACUGAGCGGUGGAAGGAGGCUUUAUUUCACUAAAUGUAAAGAAACUAAAAUAAAGAAUAGUGAGAAACUA